UCAGGAAGUUAAAUACGUAAGGUAAGACAAACCAAUGGAAGUUUUCGUCAACAACUCCAUGCUGCUUCUACGUACGCAACUCUUGGUUGUCCGUCAGUGCUAAGUGGAAAACUGGUGCAGAGUUCUUGUAAACAGAUCAUUUUCAACCUGUGCGACGUAAAUUGUUAACUUCCAAACGUCUAUAUAGUAUGUAGACGCACGCUAUACCAUCAGCUCGACCAAAAUGGCAGGUUUUGCAGCCAGGAAGAAGACUUUUGGAGAUUAUGUCGAGGUUGACCUGAUAGGGAAAGGAACAUUUGGACAAGUGUAUCUUGUUAAAAAGGCCGAUGAGAAGGGUCAGAAGGAGUCUCGAAUACAGAAAUAUGCCUUAAAGAAGAUACCUUUCCCCGCUGCUGCCAACCGUAAACGAGAAGAGGAACUCGUGCAGCGCGAGGAGGACAUCCUUAAAACUGUCAAACACCGUCACCUGGUCCGGUAUGUGGACUCGUUCCGGGACAAAGACACCGUGUUCAUGGUCAUGGAGUACUGUGACGGUGGAACACUGCAUUCAUAUAUUCGUGAACUGAACGAGGGAAUGCCGGAGGAUAUGUUCUUGUGUUUCGUAGAACAAAUUGCACAAGGGCUAAAGUAUCUCCAUAAGAAGAAAAUAAUGCACAGAGAUAUUAAAACCAAAAACAUUCUGAUGUCCAGGGGUAACAUUUUAAAGAUAUGUGACUUUGGCAUUUCAAAAGUUGUAGAACAUGCUGGACCAGCUGCUAACUCGGUUUGGAUGGGUACCCCACGUUACAUGAGUCCGGAGGUCGUGCGGAAAGAACCGUAUGCAUUUAAGACCGAUAUAUGGAGCCUCGGAUGUACAGCUUACGAGAUGGCAAUGUCGGAGUAUGCAUUUUCAGCCGAAAGUCUGGCGAAAAUAUUCAAGGACAUAAGUGUCAAUACGGUUCCAGAUUUGUCUGGAAUUCCUUACUGUGACGAUAUCAAAACACUAAUCAGAAACAUGUUAGAAGUCACACAAGGAAAGAGACCAAGUGCUAAGGACGUCUUGAAGAUCAUUGCUGAACACGAGUGUACAGUGCCGAUAACUCCAUCAGCUAAGGCGAGCCGGAAGACAGAGGGCGAUGAGGACAGUGAACAGUCAACUCUAGCCAGUACUACUGAGAGGUCGUUGCCACAUACACAGGCAGCCUUUGGCACCACGGGAGACUCGGGAUUAGGUGUUAGCUCAAAAUUAAAACAUUCCUCUACAAAAGCCAAAAGAUAUUUAGAAGGGGCAUCCACCGAGUUACAGUCCAUGUUGGUAGAAAUCAUCCACUCCCGGAACGGUGUUGACAUAGUCAAGGAAAUUAAAUCAGCAAGUUCUUUAAAGGAAGCUGAGCAAAUUCUGAAGAGGAAUCAAAAUACAAGGGUUACUAAGAAAUUCAGCGACAUUAUGCAAAUAAUAGAAUCUCUCUACAACACUGAGAGAGAAAUCCAUCGUCUUGAAGACAUUGAUACUACAUUUUCGUCUUUGGAAUCUCAAACCUUUUCCACCUUUUCUUCGACCCCGUCACGGUCUCGAACUAGGAGUAGGAAUACCUGACCAGAAUAUUACCACGGUUUUGUGUGCAAUGUGAUGUAUGUCUUCAGCAUCAGUCACCUGCAUAUCUUUACAACUUAAUACUGUAUAAUUUACUGCAAUUAUGACAAUGAUUGUUCAAACGAUAGAUGGAUAUCUGUUAUCAAAUAUAAUAAGUGAGUAUUAUAAUCACGUGACCCGUGCACUAUAAAUCCAAACGUUAUGACGGUAAUUUGAAUGAGAAAAUAAUUAGAAUGCAAGUAUAUAAAAGUAUGUUAAAGGCAAAUAUUUUGCGACAUUUAUUCAACUUAAAAUCCUUCUCUGUAGAGAAAGACAAAAGUCUCUUACAAAGCGCCAUUUAUUGGUAAAGUUAAGUUCUACUUUUCCAUAAUUUAUGGAGUGAAGUGAACUGUAAACUUGAUGGGUUAACAACCACAGUAUAUGUUACAAGAAAUGUUGUGUAUGCUUAGCAUGAUGAAGAAAUAUUUUAUUUUCUAAUAAGAUGUCCAAGGAAAAGUACCGCCUAACAGGUUUCACAUACAAUCAAUAUUAGCAUUCCAAAAUUUAUAUUUUUUUUCUUAAUUUCUUGUAUCCAAGAAUAGAAAACUCUUCCAUAGUUUCCAUUCGGGCAGUAAUUAUUGUAGAAAUAUCUGAUCUAUUGGUAUGUAACUAGUUUUUACUGUAUCCAAUCAUAUAUGCUGAUCUUUUGAAAGUUUAUUGAGGAAAUGCGUUUCACGGGCAUUUUAUAUACGUAUAUACAGGUGAAAAAUACCCUCUUUUUAUUUGAGAAUUCCACGUGUGUAAGAUUCCGCCUAUAUUUGUAUACCAUGAUAGCACCCUAUUGUUAUCUGACACACCUAUGGGUGGCAGAGAAAUGCUACCCUAAGGAUGACAGAAGAAGAAUUCUUCGAAUAGAGGGAGAUCGUUUUUUUAAAUUUCCGUCCAUUGUUUUUAUAUCCUUGUAUUGUCCUGUAGUAGUUUGACAAUAUUACGUAAGUUUCCUCCCAUUGUUAUUUUAUCAUUGUACUGCUUAAUUUGAUUACACAUUUUACAUGUUUAUCCGGUGAUAUUAUGUUAUUGUAGUGACGUCAUUUUAAUGUGUAGAUGAUUGUCAUCCCUGGUUUCAUAUUAUAAUGCGCUCUAUUGAUGUAGUGAUGUCAGGAUCUCGUCGUUGCCUUAGUAACUACGGUAUGAUACUGCCCUGUGUAGAUUGUAUAUAUUCAGCUAUGUUAACGUAUUCUCUACUGGUUCCAUCGCGGUACGGAGGGUGUGUAACAGGGUUCGCAUUACAUUAUGGCAUCAUAGACAUUUUAUUUACAUUUUUAGGAACAAAUGUCUUAGUUUUAAUGAUAAACAAACAUAUGACGCCCUACAUAUGUAGCUUUGUUUAGACAAUGAACGUGCUGUUUCUAUCCGUUUGCAUCAUUUCUGCUGCCGUCAGGUCAAUUGUAGAGACAUAACUUUUUUUAAUAUAUAAAUCCCCUUCACAUUUUAAGCAUUUAUUAGAGGUCAGUUUACCCGUAUGUGAUCGAGACUUAUCUUGCUUACAAAAUCAGUUAAUAUAAUAAUAUCAUUUCAUGUUUCAAUCUUUUAUUCAGUAAAAUCUUAUCCCGUCUUUCCAUCAACAGUCAUAGUAUCAGAAGACACAAACAAGAUCGACUGCUCUAAAACAACAGUGCCCUGACAUAGGUGUCAAGGAUAUGUCUCUUGUUGCUAAUAUUUGUAUUUCAGAUACAGUGCUAAUACAUAGUACGAAUAGCUAUUAUUUAUUGUAAAAUCCCACCCACCCACCUCCCCCUCAACUAUUACUUAAACAAAUUACUAUAAAUAAUAGUCACAUGACAUAUCUGUCCCAGCAUCAAUUAUAUGUGUUUUUCGUAUUGAUCGAAAGGAGCUCCGCUUAUAGGGUUUCUUUUGUUAUUUACAGCCCAAAUGACAUAUGUAUAUUUUUAUCCUAUAUAUAUAUAUAUA